AUGGAUCGACUGGAUGAAUGGAGCUUCAAGUCCAAGAAAAUGGAUCUGGAGGACGAUUACUACUUCGGCUACGGAGCGGGGGAAAUAACAGAUUAUCGGGACCCCAAUGAACUUCUGGCUGCUUUGAAACAAAAGGAGGAAGAGGUUAUUUUGGCAGCCCAGCUGGGAAACGCAUUGCUCCUGGAAAACCGUCAGCUCAAAGAGCACAGCGAAAAACUUCAGGAACAGUACGCAGACACGCUGGAGGAGCUGGAGCAGGGAAAGCAUGAGUUCCGACUGAAGCUGGAGGGCUCCCAGUCCCAGUGGGAGAGCCAGGUGGGCGACCUGGAGCGGGACGUGAGGGAGCUGAGUGCCCAGGUGGAGCGGCUCACCCGGGCACUCAGCGAGGCCGAGAAGGACAGGAGUCGAGCCCAGCUGGAGCACAGCGAGCAGACGCAGCGGCUCAGGGAGGAGCUGAACACUGCGAUGGAGGUGGAGCGAGCCAUGUCUAGCGAGCUGCAGGUGCUAAAACAGGAGCUCCAACAAAAAGGAAGCCACAACAGGCAGCAGGAUGAGGAGCUGAUCAGUGCCAUGAGAGAGCAGGUGUUGCGACUCACACAGAAGGAACAGGUGCUGGAGCAGCGGUUGGAGAGCGUGUGUCAAGAAAACGCAGAGCUGAGGGCGAGUUUGGCCUCUCUGCACACUCGCUUGGCUCUUCACGACCAACGCGACCAGCAGCACAACCAGCAGCUAGCUGAGGCGUGGCAGGAGGUGGAGGCGGCCCGGAGUCGGUCGCAGCAGCUGCAGGCCCAGGUGGAGGAGCUGCAGGAGGAGGUGUCCCUGCAGGAAAACAGGAGCCACGGAGAAGCCUCCCUGUUGUCGGAGCUGGAGAGCAGCCUGGAGACGGCGAGCCUGGGAGUCAGUAAAGAAGAGAUCUCACAAGAAAUGGGGUCCAUCCUCCAGUUACUGCUCCCAUUGACGGGGAACCUGAACGGCCCGGGGAGGUCAGAGGUGGUGGAUCAGCAGCAGGACCUGCAGGCGAUGCUGCACCGGCUGAAGGGAGUGGCUCAAACACUAGCAUCCGGCCCUCAGGAGCUGAAUCUGGGUUUUGUCGGUGGGACGGCUGAUCAGUGUGGGAAUCUGAGCGCAGCACAGGAGCUGAGAGAUCAGAACGUCCAGCUGCGGCAGGAAAACGCUGAGCUGACGCAGAAGCUGCAGAGAAAACAAGAUCAAGCUGACGUCGUCCAACAGGCCAUCAGAGACCGAGACGAAGCCAUAGCCAAGAAAAACCUGAUGGAGGCAGAGUUGGUGAGAAGUAAAAAUGACAUGAUGUCUCUGAACAACCAGUUAUUAGAAGCCAUCCAACGCAAACUGGAGCUGUCACAAGAACUGGAGGCCUGGCAGGAUGACAUUCAGAUCAUCAUCAACCAGCAGCUCAAGACCCAGCAGCAGUCGGAGCAGCCUCAGAAGAAACCCACCUCCAACGGCAUGUCGUUCUUCCGCAGACCCAGCAGGACGGCCUCCACCUGGACACGUCAGUCCUCCACAUCCUCCUGGAGCUCAGAUGUCAGUCAGGACAAAGCCCAGUCCCCCUGGAGGGACUGGUUAAGACGGGGCAAAGGAGCACAGUACGGCAAAUAACAAUGGAGACUGAGUGCUACAACUACCUACUGACUUCUGAGGAGAGGAUGCACCAGCAGAAAAUGUCAGAGGGAAGUCAUCUUGUACAUCGUAUGUGGUGAAAAACAGCCAUAAAGACACUGUUAAUUCAGUGAUGGAAACACAAAGCCACUACAAACAAAGACAUUUACUGAAACAUUUCACUGAGAGGCUGAGCCUUCUUAAAAUCUAACCUGUAACGACCUGAAACACUACCAUUUUCACAGUUACAUUCAAGGGUUUGUUUGAGACUGUAAAUAUUGUGCCUUAUUUUGUAAUAUUGUAUUAUGAAGCUCUUUACGUCUGAGACUUUAUAUGAAAUAUGUGAUAGGUGUAGAUCAGUGGAAAGUAUUUGUUCAGACUAUUUAACUUAACCGAUCUAAGAGGUCAGGAAUUAAACGAUCAAACACUUCAGUUUCAGUCGUUGCUGAAAUUGUCUUUACCAAGUUGGAUGUAAGAAAUUUUGUCUUUUUUUUUUUUUUUUACUGUCAGUUUUGCUCAAAUGUUAAGUAUGUGAAAAACAAAAAAGCUGAUUGUAUGAGAAACACUGUAUGUCUUGAUGUAUAUUGAGAAUGCUGUUUAGUUUUUCUUUUUUUUUUUAAAUACAAUAUUAUUUGGUUUUUACUUAAAAACCAAAAACGUUCUCUUGGUGUGCGUCUGUGUAGCAGACACACGUAUGUUCAUUUUCUGUGACUCAGUGUUCAAUAUUGAAGCUGCUUAGUACAAACUGUGUUAUUUCCUAAGCUGUCUGACUGACCACGUCUGGAAUGAUUGCCGGAUAGUUUCAUAAAACAUCAAAUAAUAAGA